UAUUGAGAAAAUUUAAUAUAUCAAAUGAGAAAAUUUAAUAUAUCGAAUGUUAGUAUCGAAAUGUCAUGAAUGGAUCAUAACUCAUAUAUUCUCCUUUGUAAUAUGUACUUUAUACUCUGCCUUGGACUUAACUAGCAUAUCUUAUGCUAGUGAACUAGGUAAUUUCAUAAGCAAUUUGUUUUACUUGUUUUUGUCAUUUACUCUUCAUUAAAACUAUUCACAUCGUAACCUAACAGGAAAAAAAGGAUUACAAAAAGAGAGUGGGGAUUGGUUAUUCUACCCAGAGUUGUAUAGUCAAUGUCCAGAAUGAAUAACAUGUGCGUGCUUACAUUAAAUUUGUGUUGUGUCGUGUCAAUCCAAAACUGGCCUAUAAAUGACUAUGAAUUUCUUAGCAUGAAAAUGUAUGCAUCUCUAAGGCUAAAUUUUGUGUUAUCGUGUCCAAUAAGAAUACUGGUCCCCUCUACGCACACCAAUUAUAGAGGCACCAAAUUAAAGUCUACUCUCUCUUAUUCUUAUACCACUAAAGAAAUUCCUUCAAGUACUCUCUUAUCUUAUGACGACUUAAUGAAUCAAACUUUUUGCCCACCUGUCAGGCCUAUCGUACUAAUUCGUUUUUUUUUAAAAACAUAAAUAGGGUGUUUAACGUUAGGUAGUACAAACUACAAAGAGUACAGUAAAACCAAACGGAACACUCGACAAGUAACCUAACUGUCAAUGGAAUGAUUUUUUGUCAUUAAAUGGGUAGCCCUAUGAAAUCGAUUAAAUGUAAAAAUACAGGGGAAAAAACAGACAAAAUCUGAACUGAAGAAGAACUCCCCCAGAUUAUGAACCACCUCCAUCACUGGUCGGAUCAACAAUUGACCAUCCCCUUGAAGAUUCACAACAAAAACCUUAAUAAGUCAAAAACCAAUUCUCACUCCUUAAAGUAAACAAAUCCAUAAAAGAAAAUGAAUCCACUAUACAUUCAUAACAAUGAGCAAAACGGGGAGGAGAGUUCCUCUUCCUAUUAAAACACCAUUGGUGGGCACGUGGCAUCUCUCAGUGCCAAGAAGCAUAAUAAAAGUAUGCUUACAUGUCGAGGGAAAACAACGAACCCUGCAAAACAAACUCACAAGCACUCCUACUAUAGGGAAACAAAGCUCCAUCGAAAUGGACAUAAACAAAGAAAAAUUGCUAAGCUUAAAAGAAGAGCAAUAAUAUGUGUCUUUUAGCGUAUAGGUUAUUUAGGAUGCAUAAUUUUUUCUUCAACUAAAUUUAACUGGCCGUAUCUUUUUUGGUUUAAAUUCCAAUUUUGUGCAAAAAAUGUUUCAGAUUAAUCAUAUUUUUCAAAAUGACAUCUACUUUUAUUAUAUUUUGUGGGAAAAGCUGUAGAUAUGUAUUACAAGUCUAUGCAAGACAGUAAAGUUUCGUAGUACAUAAGAUUACUACCUACAAUAUACGAUCGAACUAAUUAACAGAUUCAGGUGGAAACCUCCUAAUAUUUGGAGACCUGUGACGAACGACCUCUCGACACACCCUCUUAACCGACCCUAAAAUUGGUAAGAUUUUUUACUAUAAAAUUUCUAAAUUAUCACAUCUAAUCAUGAUGGUAUAAAAGUGUAUCAUAAUGAUAUAAAUAUAAUAAUAUAUAUAAAACUAUACUAACCACAUUUCACAAACUUCAAGCUACAAGUGGCUUGUGAUUUUUUUGGGCUAAAUUACACGUUUGGUCGCUCAAAUUACAUUAAUCUUUCACAUUUGCCACCCAAAUUACUUUUCUUUUUUAUUCGCCACUAACUUUACGAAUCGUUUCACCGUAGUCACCGACCGUCAAUCUCCGUCAGACUCCGUUAACUCCGUCAGUUUAUUGAUGACGUGGCAAACGGAACUGCUGACUAGACCAUUAAGUAAAUGACACGUUAAUUUAAGAAAAAAUGGUAGAGGAGUGGGGCCCCCUUCCCCAUCUUCGUCCUUUAUCUUCCUCUUCCCCGGCGUUGACCCCGCCGCCGCUGCAAUUAGUGCUACCACCCCAGAUAACUCAACUCCUCUUCCUUCCACCGCAAUUUUGUCCUUCUAAGUUCUCUCUCUCAACGCCGCCGCUGCUGCUGCAACUAGGGAAAGGAUCGACGGAGACUGCCUUCCUAUUCAAAAGGGAUAGGAUCAACGGAGAUUGUCGAUCUAGACAUGCAUCCACACACAGAGGCAACAAUCCUUCAUAAUUCUGUCUCCGUCAAAAACCACAAUCUUGACGUUCUCACAAAUCAAUUAACUCAUGCUUCCCAUCUCUCUCUCUCUCUCUCUCUCUCUCUCUCUCUCUCUCUCUCUCGUUCCGUCGCAGAAAUGGAGUGCCUUGCGGCUCUUAAAUAUUCUCCCCAGCACCACUUCAGUCUUUCCCGCCUUUUCGCAAAUCCUUGUUCCGCAGAUCAUCCAAACCUAUCUCUCGAUUCUCCUCCUUUCGCCCUCUCCCAUCGCUAGCCCCAUUCAAACCCCUUUGCUCCUUCCUAAGUCGUCCCUUCAAACAAUGUCUUCUCCCCUCCAAUUCACCCCACAAUAAUCAAUCUUAUAGUGGAAGCAGCCGCUGCGACUAGAGAAUUGAUCAACGGAGACCGCCUUCAUUUUCACAGGGAAAGGAUAAACAAAGAUUGAUGAGAGAGAACUUACAAGGACAGAAUUGCGGUGGGAGGAGAGUAAGUCUCUGGGGUGGGUGUUCUUGGGUUGGCAGGCAUCAAAUGAAAAUGAAGGGGGAUGGGAUGGGAUGGGAUGGGAAGGGAAGGGAAGGGAAGAAAGAAAGGAACUAAACAAACCAAUGCUAGUGCAGCGGCGGAAGGUUGACGCCGGGGAAGAGAAAUAUAAAGGUAGAAGAUGGAAGGGGAAGGUGGGCCCAAUUCGUUGCCUUUUUUAAUUUUUUAAAAUUAACAUAUCAAGUCAGCGGUCUAUUUGCCACGCCAUCAAAAAACUAUUGGAGUUAACGGAGACUAAUUGUCGGUGACUACGGUGAAACGAUUUGUAAAGUUAGUGGCGAAUAAAAAAAAAAGUAAUUUGGAUGGCAAACGUGAAAGACUAAUAUAAUUUGAGUGACCAAACAUGUAAUUUAUCAUAACUCACAUCGUGGCGACGUGGCCUGCAUGUAAUUACACUUUGAGACGCGGUGAGUUUGUGGGCCCAGUCUGUAUUGUAAGCCCGAGAAUUAUGAUGUUGAAAAGAACUCAUAUUGCGGGCCUACAUGUCAAAUAAUAUUACGAGAAGCGAUGUAACGGCGACCCAGGCCCAGUCUAGUGUCUUGGGCCGAGAAAUAAUAUUGUUCAGGUUUCUCUCUGUAAUUUCUCAGCUCUCUGAAUCUCAAAGCUCGAUGAAAAAAACGCUCUCUGAAGGCUCGAUAGGUAAACCACGUCGGAUUUCUCCCAGCCGGAGAGAGUGCCGCCGCAGUUGAUUCCAUCGCAGCUGCUUGCUAGUUUACCGGAAUACUCAUUUCUCCGAUCAAGUAAUGCGAUUAAUUCUUUGCCUCCUCCCUCCAUUUUUCUUCAUUCCGAUCGCUUCUCGUUCCUCAUCGGAAUUUUGAGUUUCUGAACUCGGCGGUGGGUAUGAAUUCGCAGGAGCUGGCAUUUGACUGGAUAUGGAGGUGAAGCUGGAGAAGAAAGACGCAGAUGAUUGGGUUUACAGAGGCGAAGGCGCUGCUAAUCUCGUCCUCGCUUACUCCGGAUCUUCCCCUGCUUUCAUCGGAAAAGUGAUGAGGAUACCUAAAGUAGGAAGAAAUGCGCCGUCGGCGGUCGUCCAAAAUCAGCCGGUGUUGACGGAGCAAGAACGUCUGUUGUGGAAAGAAGCGAAGGAGAUGGUUGCAUCUCAGAACAAAGAUGCUGUUGAGCGGUUUUUUACUGAGCUAGUUAUGGGUCCUCUCUUGGGUCCCAAGUAUGUUGAUGCUGGGGUGCUUGUUAGAGUGUCUGGAGAAUUUCUCAAGUGCAUCGAAGAGAAAGUGACCCGUCACCGACCAUCUUUGCGAGUUGAUGCUGCCAAGGUGGAUGUAGAACGUGAUUAUGUGGUGAUUAUGUCCGAUCACACCGUGUUUCCUCAUGGUAGUUCUAAGAGGAGACCGUGUAUAUCAGUUGAGAUAAAGCCAAAAUGUGGGUUCCUGCCAUUGUCAAGCUUUAUUGCUGAAGAGAACGCUGUUAAGAAGUACACCACACGGUUUAGAAUGCAUCAAGCCCUGAAGCUAAACAACAAAGAUAUAUCAGAGAUUAGCAAGUACAAUCCGCUGGAUCUAUUUUCGGGUUCCAAGGAAAGAAUACAAAAAGCCAUUGAGGAUCUAUUUGCCACUCCUCAGAACAAUUUUCGUGUAUUCUUGAACGGUUCUCUUAUACUCGGUGGCUUGGGUGGUGGCACAAGCAAAACUAACACCAUUACCAAACAAUCCUUUGAAGAUGACCUGAAGGGUGUCAUACAGCCAACCAAAGGAUCAAGAACUGCAAGCUUUAUGCAGCUUAUUGCUGAGACAGUCCAUCACUCUCGAGUUCUUGAUCAACUUCUCGACGUUCAAAAACUCGACCAUUUAGAUAUUGAAGGAGCAAUUCAUGCUUAUUACAAUUUUCUAUCCAGACCUUGUACAGUAUGCAUGAAUUUGAAUGAAGCAAAAGCUCUACAUGCUUGUAAAUCCUUGCACUCGAUUCCCAUGGAUGAGAGCUUGAAGAUUGUGAAGAAUUAUUUGAUAGCUGCCACUGCUAAAGACUGCAGUAUGAUGAUUAGUUUUGUACCAACAGAUGAUGUAGAUGGUGGAUCUCAGUAUAGUUCUGUUCAUAUGCCUUCAACUAAUCAGAAAUUUACCUACAAAGUGAAUAUCAUUGAUUUGGAUUUGAAACGUUUGAAGACGAUAGAAGACUACUAUGAAUUAGACCAGAAGAUAGUGAAGUGCUAUAGUCAGGUGGCAGGAGGAGAUCAUAGGAAAUGCAAUCCUGCUAGCACAAAGAAUGUCUGAAGCAAUGUCCUCAAAUCCAACUCCUUCAAUGGACAACUCUGCUUCUACUCCUACAAAUGAUUCUACCACAAGAGCAAGAGUGGAUGUAGGAAAUCCCAUGAAUGCAACCCAAAAUCUAGCAUCUGAUCAGAAAGAAACUUAUGAGAAAGAGAACUUCUACACUUCGGAAUGGCCUCAAGAUUAUGCAUACGGCAGGCCUCGAGCAGCGCGAAUUCAUAAAUUGCAAGAAGACAUACAAAGCAGAUCCAUCAAGGGUUACAUCAACACUAAGAAGACAUAUGUUAUCAUCAUGUCCAAAGAAUCCCAAUAUCCUCCUUGGUCAAGGGAAACAACAACUAAGCCUCUGUCCAGAAUUUCAAACAUGAGCAAUCAAAGGUGCGUGAGAUAAUGUCACAUUGCUUCAUAGUGCAUGAAAAUUAAAAGCAAUUCAAGUAUGAGUUGUUGUUGAAUACCAUCAGUCCACACUAUCUAAAAAUUUGUAGGGCAACUGUUCAGAUGGAUAUUUUCUAAACAUUUGACAUCCGUAAAGCGAAAUUAAAAACACUUUUUCAAGGUGUGAGUAAGAUGAGUUUGACUACUGAUUUGUGGCUAUUUGUUCAAAAGGUGGGAUAUAUGGUUGUUACAUGCCACUUCAUUAAUAAGGAUUUCACGCUUCA